UGUUUGUGCUAUAUAUUUACAUUGCAUAUUGCUGUCAAGAAAUAACUUUGGUAAAUUAAAGAUAUGUCGUGAUUGUUGCAAUCAAUGUAUUUAAUAGGUUAUGAACGUUUCGUUUAACUCGUUCAGUGGUAAACACGAGUGACAUAGGCUAUUUGUCCUUCAGUGGAACGUCUGUGUUUGGUGAAACAGCAAUUCUACAAUAUUCCCCGGAAUUAUCUCAAAUGAUACAGUCAUCGAACUGGUAAGUGUUUAGCAGACAGAACAUCCUCAUCGCCAUGGCACAGGAUGGAGAGGGGUUUGGAGGAUGUAACCUGUCGCCUCACCUGCACACAGAUGAGUGUAAUGAGCUGAUAACGCUGUUGAAACAGUGCCACAAGGAGCACAACGUCUUGAGGUUCUUUGGCACAUGUAACGACAUGGACCGUGCCAUGCGGGUGUGUCUCAAGACGGAGCGUCUGGCCAGAAGGGAGCGCAGCCAGCAGCACGCCAAGGACAUGCAGAAGAGGUUGAAGGAAGGGCCGAAGGAGCCGUUCUGAGGGGCAGGCAGAGCCACAGUCAUGCCCAGGAUGGUGGCCCGAGCCUGGGCACACGCCUGGAGGAGUCCCUGGGGCUGUUUGGAGACACCCGUGGCACCCUGGUGCCUCUGGAUCCCUGGAGACACAUAGGACUCAAUCCAUCGGUCAUCUUUAUUUAUAUGCGCGCAUUUUAAAAACAAGUAUCAACCGAAGUGCGGUACAUUUGAAAUGUAAGCAGAAAUUAGUACAUACAGCAGGAGAUAGAGCCGUUUCAAAUUGUGCGUUGAUUCACCAACACUGGAUUCCUUUUGAAUAAAGGAGGAACAAAGUAAGGUUUUACUGGA